AUGUCGAUUCCCAGUAUCAGCUCCGUGGCAUUGUACGCGCGUCUUCAGCCCGUGGCGCCAACUGUGCGCUGGGUGCGGUACAAGAACAAAGCGUCAGUUUCCCAGAUCAUGGCUUUCUGGGACAAGCAUCCAUCGGGACCCGAUCCACUGUUUGAGUGGCAUGUCAUGGCAAGGGUUCAGAUGCGUCACCUACGCAGCCAAAUAGGUCUCAAGGAAGAUGAUGGCAUGAAGUACCAUGACAGCCCACACCAAGGCAUGGAGUUUGAUUCGCGAGACCGUCCAUGGGCAGCUCAGCAAGGCGGCGGCUACUGGCAGGAGCAGUGGAGGCCUGACGGCGGAGAAUACGGCUUUGCAGGACAAGGCACAGGUGGAAGUGACUGGACAUCCGGAUGGCAGAUGCCGAUGGCCAUGAACGACGGGUGGCAGAGGAACCGAAACGGUGCCACCAAAUCCAAGCGGCGCUUUUGCACCUCUUAUCCAGAUGUCAGUCAGUGUCGCCGCGGCGCAGGCUGCGCCUUCGCACACUCCCGCGAGGAGAUAGGAGUUCCGCUUCUGUCCAUCGCUGAGGAGAACCAGGAGCCACAUGCCUUGACUGACGACUUUUUCAUGCACAAGUACAAGACGAGCUGGUGUCCAAUCGGCGUGCAGCACGAGUGGCACACUUGCGUUUAUGCGCACAACUACCAGGAUGCGCGACGCCCCCCCACCAUCGGGUACGGAGCCAGGCUGUGCCCAUACUGGAGCAAGAAGGACACCGGCGCCGAAUACUCCCAGCGGUGUCCUCUUGGCCUCCGUUGCCCCUACUCGCAUGGUGCCAAGGAGCAGCUCUAUCACCCACACUACUUCAAAACCGUCGUGUGCCGAGACCUUCGCGGGAAGGCAUGUCCCCGGCACAAGCUUUGUGCCUUCUACCACCAUCGCCAUGAGCGUCGAACGACUCCGGUUGAUGAUGUCGACUACGCAAAGCCACUCCCGGUAGAGGCAUUGCCUGAAAGCUGGGUCACUGACUUUCUGUCCCCUCCGUUCCACGCUGAGUCAGGCAAACCCAGGAUGGAUGACCCCAAGGAGCGAAACAUGAUGCAGGCUCCUGGGCAGAUGGAACAAGGCGGACAGUACGGGCAGAUGCAAUGCGGGCAGAUGCCUUUCUUCCCAAUGUUGCCUGGACAAAUGCCGGGCGGUGAGCGGGAGCUGGAGAACUCGCCAUCUCGUAUGUCUUCUGACAACAUGCUUCCGUGGGUCCCGUGCGACGGGGUCCAGAUGGAAGGGGUCCAGAUGGUCCCUGUACUUGUUGUGAUGUGUGAUGCUGCUGCGCCCAGCUAG